UCUUCCAUUUUCCUCCGCCUCUGGUUGUCAAGAAGAUGGCAGCUUCCAGGCAGGCAUGAGAGGAAAUAUUUCUUCUCAAACCGAAUGAAUUUGGGUUAUAAUUGCCAGAUUAGAUCACCUACCCGCGUAUUUGCAAUUACUGCAUCGAAAUAGAAGUCAUGUCUGCCCCUGGCUCCGCGGUGUCUGGGACCACGGCGUCGGUUCUGCAGCCGCGGUGGAAACGGGUCCUCGGGUGGUCCGGUCCCGUUCCCCGGCCCAGACAUGGUCAUAGAGCCGUGGCUAUAAAAGAGCUCAUGGUUGUCUUUGGCGGUGGGAACGAAGGCAUUGUGGAUGAAUUACAUGUAUACAAUACCGCAACAAACCAGUGGUUUAUCCCAGCGGUCCGUGGUGACAUCCCCCCUGGUUGUGCUGCUUAUGGUUUUGUCUGUGAUGGCACAAGAUUGCUGGUGUUUGGUGGAAUGGUGGAGUAUGGAAAGUACAGCAACGACCUCUAUGAACUUCAGGCUAGCAGGUGGGAAUGGAAAAAAUUGAAAGCCAAAAACCCAAAGAAUGGGCCCCCUCCUUGUCCUCGUCUCGGCCACAGUUUUUCCCUUGUUGGUAACAAAUGCUACCUGUUUGGUGGAUUGGCCAAUGACAGCGAGGACCCAAAAAACAACAUUCCCAGAUACCUAAAUGAUCUGUACACACUUGAGCUUCGUGCUGGUUCCAGUGUGGUUGGAUGGGAUAUUCCAAUCACUUAUGGAGUUUUGCCUCCUCCCCGUGAGAGCCACACUGCUGUGGUAUACACAGAAAAGAUCAGCAGGAAAUCUCGCCUGAUAAUAUAUGGAGGGAUGAGCGGCUGUCGUCUUGGAGAUCUGUGGACACUUGAUAUUGAUACCCUGACGUGGAACAAACCAUCAGUAAGCGGCACAGCUCCACUUCCUAGAAGUCUUCACUCUGCCACCACCAUCACAAACAAGAUGUAUGUGUUUGGAGGAUGGGUUCCUCUGGUAAUGGAUGAUGUCAAGGUGGCCACACAUGAGAAGGAAUGGAAGUGCACUAACACUCUUGCCUGCCUAAAUCUCGAUAACAUGUGUUGGGAGACAGUAUUGAUGGAUACACUAGAAGACAACAUCCCCAGGGCCCGUGCUGGCCAUUGUGCUGUGGCCAUCAAUUCCAGACUUUAUGUUUGGAGUGGCCGUGAUGGUUACCGCAAAGCCUGGAACAACCAAGUCUGCUGUAAAGACCUCUGGUACCUGGAAACAGAGCGGCCACAUGCCCCCGCCAGGGUACAGUUAGUCCGUGCCAAUACAAACUCUCUUGAGGUGAGCUGGGGAGCAGUUUCCACUGCUGACACCUAUUUACUGCAGCUACAGAAGUAUGACAUUCCUGCAACUCCAGCUGUAGCCUCACCAGCCAUGAGCACCGCCCCCUCCCUGCCUAUAAACUCUCCAAAGAGCCCUGCACCCGCUGCAGCAGCGCCCUCUGCUCAGAGCUUCCCACAGACAGCUGUCUUGAAAGUAGCAGCUCAGCACUCUGCAACAGGCGCGUCUGUUGUCACAGUACGCCCCAGCCAGCCUGGGAAGUCCCCUGUCACUCUGACAUCACUUCCUCCAGGUGUUCGAAUGGUAGUGCCUGCCCAAACCACCCAAGGAUCGCCAAUUGGCAGCAGCCCUCAGAUGAGUGGCAUGGCAGCUUUAGCUGCAGCAGCUGCAGCAACACAGAAGAUCCCACCCUCCUCCGCAGGGACGGUUCUCAAUGUUCCUGCGGGUGCCACCAUUCUCAAAACGGUCAGUAACCCAGCCACACGCAUGCUGAAGACGGCUGCAGCCCAGGUGGGCACAGCAGCCGGUUCCUCGCCCACCACCACCAGACCCAUCAUCACUGUGCACAAGUCUGGUGCAGUCACGGUAGCCCAGCAGGCACAGGUGGUAACCACUGUGGUGGGAGGAGUCACAAAGACCAUCACCCUGGUGAAGAGUCCCCUCACCAUGGGCAGCAGUGGCACUCUGAUCUCCAACCUUGGCAAGAUGAUGUCUGUGGUACAAACCAAGCCAGUGCAGACGUCGGCUGUCACAGGCCAGGCUUCCACUAACCCUCUCACACAGAUCAUACAGACAAAGGGUCCGCUCCCAGCGGGAACCAUCCUGAAGCUGGUGACCUCUGCAGAUGGCAAGCCUACAACCAUCAUCACCACUUCGCAGGCAGGAGGCACAGGAAACAAGCCCACUAUCCUCAACAUCAGUGGUGUUUCUCCUACCACCACGAAGCAGGGCACCACAAUCAUUAAGACUAUCCCCAUGUCAGCCAUCAUGACGCAGCCUGGAGCCACAGGUGUGACGAGCAGUGCAGGCAUGAAAACGCCUAUUACAAUUCUUACUACAAAGGUGAUGACCACUGGAACUCCUGGUAAAAUCAUCACUGCGGUGCCCAAACUUGCUACUGCGGCCGGCCAACAAGGACUGACGCAGGUGGUCUUGAAGGGUGCUCCAGGACAACCAGGAACUAUACUGCGCACCGUGCCCAUGAGCACGAUGGGUGGCGUUCGACUUGUCACACCUGUGACUAUGUCGUCCGUGAAGCCAAAUGUCACCACACUCGUUGUCAAGGGGACUACUGGUGUCACCACCCUUGGAACUGUCACUGGCACAGUCUCCUCAAGCCUUACAGGAGGUGCAGGGGACAAUUCCAGUGCCUCACUGGUCACCCCUAUCACCACACUAGGAACCAUUUCUACCCUGUCCAGCCAGGUAAUCAGCCCAGCUGCCAUAACUGUGUCGGCUGCUCAGACCAGCCUGACCUCUGCCUCCACACUGCCAUCCUCUACCAUCACAGUACAGAACCAGCCCACACAGGUGACACUGAUCACAACUCCCAGUGGAGUAGAAGCUCAACCAGUGCAGGAUUUACCCGUUUCUAUCCUGGCUUCACCAACCUCUGAGCAGCCCAGUUCAACUGAGGCUGGGGAAGGUUCUGGCACCGUCACCCUCGUCUGCUCUAACCCACCCUGUGAAACCCACGAGACAGGAACCACCAACACAGCCACUACCUCCUCUGCUACGAUUGGAGCUGGGCGGGUCUGUUCAAAUCCACCAUGUGAGACCCAUGAAACAGGAACCACCAACACAGCCACAACUGCGUCAUCAAACAUGUCUGCACUCCGCGUGUGCUCCAACCCGCCGUGUGAGACCCAUGAAACUGGGACGACUAACACAGCAACCACGGCCUCAUCGAACAUGGGAGCCGUCCAACAGUUGUGCUCCAACCCGCCGUGUGAGACCCAUGAAACUGGGACAACUAACACAGCAACCACAGCCUUGAACAUGGGAGGCGUCAACGGUGUGCUCCAACCCGCGUGUGAGACCCAUGAAACUGGGACAACUAACACAGCAACCACAGCCUCGUCUAACAUGGGAGGCAAGGUGUGCUCCAACCCGCCGUGUGAGACCCAUGAAACUGGGACAACUAACACAGCAACCACAGCCUCGUCUAACAUGGGAGGCGUCCAACAGGUGUGCUCCAACCCACCCUGUGAGACCCAUGUGACAGGAACCACCAACACAGCCACUCAGGCAUCAUCGAACAUGAACGCUGGCCAGACGGACACCACACAGAGGGUUUUUUCCAACCCAACCUGUGAAACACAGGGGACAGGGACUACCAACACCCCAUCCACAGCAACAUCCAGUAUGGGAGGUGAGCAGACCAGCACAACAGCAGGCCUAGUUCAGAGGGUGUGUUCCAACCCACCUUGUGAAACGCACGAGACGGGGACCACCAACACAGCCACCACUGCCACCAGCAGCAUGGAGACAGGCGAAGGCACAGCAGCUCAGCAGUCAGAGGAAGGAACCGAAGGUACCAGCAGCACAGAGGCGGUUGCUACCACUGCAACAACUAGUAUGGUCACCACCACCCAGGGCAGGGCCAUUACUACUGUCACCCAGUCUACACCAGCGCCUGGUCCCUCUGUACCGUCAAUUUCAUCAAUCACAGAGGGAGUGAGUACUGUCGCCAGCUCUACAGAGGAACCAAUGCAGACUGAAGAGGCAGCAUCAGCAGAAGCUGCACCGACAGAGGCAUCUACUGCCAUGGAGACACAAGCAGAAGGAGAAGCAGCCACAGCGACAGAUUUGAACUUACCCUCAGAGCUGAUGUCUGAGGGUCAGGGAGCCACUCUGAUGGUGACAGGUCUGUCAGACGAGGAGCUGGCUGUGACCGCCGCAGCAGAGGCUGCCGCUCAGGCAGCAGCCACUGAAGAAGCUCAAGCCCUGGCUAUCCAGGCUGUCCUCCAAGCAGCUCAGCAAGCUGUAAUGAAUGAGAGUGAGUCUGUUGGAGAUAGCCAGCAACCUACCACCAUCCCCAUCAUGCUAACCCAGCAGGAGCUGGCAGCACUGGUGCAGCAGCAGCAGCUGCAGGAGGCUCAGGCAGCAGCCCAACAAGCUGCUGUAGACACAAGCUUACCUACUGAGGGCCUGGCCCCUGCUGACAGCCUCAAUGACCCCUCUGUGGAGAGCAAUGGACACAAUGAGAUGGCUGCAGCUGUCACCAGUGCUGUAGUGUCUCUGCUGCCCCGCACCACUGCUGAGACACUCGCUCCAUCGAGCACCUUUGCACCCUCUGUAGCAGUGGCAAGUCCAGCCAAGAUGCAAGCAGCAGCUGCUCUAGCAGAGGUCGCCAAUGGCAUUGAAGGAGAGAAACAAGCUCCUCAGCCAACCCCAGUGAAACCCAUUGUCAAGAAAGAGAAUCAGUGGUUUGACGUUGGAAUCGUAAAAGUGACAAAUAUGGUCGUCACGCACUUCUACAUGCCAACCGAUGAAUCUCAAGGAGACGACGACUCUGGCACCAUGCCUGACUACAGCCAGAUGAAAAAGAUGGAGCUGCAGCCUGGAACAGCUUAUAAGUUCCGCGUUGCUGGAAUCAACGCUUGUGGUCGUGGAUCUUUCUCAGAGAUCUCUGCAUUCAAGACUUGCUUACCAGGUUUCCCAGGAGCUCCCUGUGCCAUCAAAAUCAGCAAGAGCCCAGAUGGCGCGCACCUGACCUGGGAGCCACCAUCUGUGACUUCAGGGAAGAUCAUCGAAUACUCCGUGUACCUGGCUAUCCAGAGCAACCAGACAGCCGAAGCAAAGGCCUCCACCCCAGCCCAGCUAGCUUUCAUGCGUGUGUAUUGUGGACCCAACCCUUCGUGCUUGGUGCAGUCGUCCAGCCUCUCAAACGCCCACAUUGACUACACCACCAAGCCUGCCAUCAUCUUCCGCAUUGCCGCCCGCAACGAAAAGGGCUACGGUCCCGCCACCCAAGUUCGAUGGCUGCAAGAAUCCGGCAAAGACGCGGCCUCUGCAAAACCAGCCCCCAAAAGACCAGGCACCUCUCCUGAUACUAAGGUUACUGGUCCAAAGAAAGCAAGAACGGACCAGUGAGGUCGCCCAGAGACCCCUCCCAGUCUUUUGUCCUUUUUCCACUCGCUGUCCUUUUAUCAGGAAGACUGACCUUCACCCCCCUCCUCCACAUCCUAAUCUCAUCCUUGACCCUCAAGUCUCAGAUCAAGACAGCAGUGGAGGCAGAACAACCGUAUGAAGCCCAGAUGAAAGUCAAUCUGAGAUCUGAUGUUUUUGUAGAUAAAAGCCCUCCUUCCUCAUCGUUCUGUUGGUCGUCCUAUAUUUAGAUCAACACAAACUUAGAAGCACAUUAUCUUUUUCAGUCAUAUCCUCUUCCAUCCUUUAACAUCUUUUUUUGGCUUGUUUCAGUAGUUCAGAGCAGUAUAGAGAAGCAUUUACAUCUUUCACAAACUGGGAGUCAGCCUGAGCGCAAUGUUACCUUUUUUUUUGUUUUGUUUUUUUUGUGAAACCUGGGGACGUAGAGAAAGACUACACGAGACGAUGUACAUUGUUGAAAAAGGCUGUGAAGGCAGUAGUUUAGCUGAGAGGGGAAAAAAAUGGUAUAGAAACAAAUAAAGCACUUGUCCUCACCGAAAGAGGACAUCAUUUCUUUUUUCUCCUUUUGUUUUUGCUCAAAACAAAUGUGCAUCAACAAGAACCAAGUCUGUAUAGUCAUCGUACUGGACUCUAGUCUCCUGCUAAAGUCAUCACUGUGCGCUUUUUACCCCAAGAUGAGGACUGGUGGCCAACACUUGGACGUGGACAAAAGAGAAGAAUGACAAAGGAAGAGACUUGUAGAGAAUGAAUGACAAGACUUUGCUAGAAGUGAGACAGACUUGCAGCACACAGAAAAAAAUAUUGCAAAAUCUUCCCAAAAAAUUAGCAAGCAAUGACGCAGAUCUUUUGUGUAGUUUAUUUUUAUAUUUUUUAAGCUUUUUUUCUCCCGUGUGUAUGUUGUGUGCAUUUUUAAAAGCAUCUUUUUUUUUAGCUGUUGUCCAUCCCCCCCUAUAGUUUGUGUUUGUGGAAAGAUUAGUGGCUGUGUUGAAGUUGCCACUAUAUUUUAAAAACAACAAACAAGUUGAUUUGGUCACAUGUUCCUGUUGUUAACAGAUGGUGAUGAAUGAGCGAAUGACUUUUGUAAUUGUUCCAAUAGAACUGUGGAGGUUAUAGGACUGAAGGGAACUUUGGAUUUGGAUCCAGGGAGAGGAGAGUUUUCACUUUCUUUACUACUCAGUGCUUGUGUUGCUUUGUUUGCCAAACGUGGAGUUCUUGGGGUAUGUGGAAAAAAAAAAAAAUCAGACAUUUUCCGCGUUAAUAUCCCAAUCAGUUGUCCUUCACUUUUUAUGCUUAUGAAUGUGGUGUCUCAACUCUUUAAUUUUUUUUAGAAAGGCAAAUUAUAUUAGUAGACCUAUUUUCCCUAUCCUAUUGAUGUAUGUGAAUCCAUUUAAUAAAUUUUAAUUUUUUUCCUUCCACGGCUCUGUAUUUCAGACAACAGAUGGUGUGCAAACAAACUGUGCUAUGUCUUUGAAUGGGAUAUCAAAGGAAGAAAGCUUACACUGCAGGAGUGAACUCGCCUGUAAAUUAGUUCGUUCAUAGAGCAAAGAAUAAAACAAACAAAAAAAAGAACAUCUUGGCCUUUUAUAUAACUACCUGUUACAAACUGUUUUUACAUGUUGGUCAUCUCUUGAUUACCUUUUGUGUCUUUACUUAUAAAAGAAACAAAUAUAAAUAUAUAUAAAUAAAUAUAUAUAGUCUCCUUGAUCGUUCUAAUUUGCUUAUGUCGAGCUGAUUGACUGUAGGCGCAGUCUGAGUCACUGCAACGUUCGUUCUAGACUGAACAUGAGUUUCUAUCUUCCUCUAAGGGCAGAGUCGGUUGUGAUGGUAACGGCCAGGAAGGAAGAUUAGAACCAAGGUGUCCGCUUGCCGCCUUUUAUCGGCUCACACUUUCCAGUUCCCAUUAUGUGGUUUCUUCUGAUUUCUUUCUAGGAAAAAAAAAACCUUUCUCUUCAUAUGCAUUCAUACUUUUUUGUGCGUGUCGGUGUGUCUGUUGAACAAAACUAGACAUGCAUGCAAAAGCAGUGUAUUUUAGUAGUGAUGCCUUAAGUUAGACCAUAAGCUGAAGGUUCGCAAAAAAAAAAAAAGAAGAAACAUUUAAUGAGUUUGAUCCUCUCCAUGUGGUAUACAGUUGUGUCCUCUCCUUCCACAGUACCUUUCCUGGGUCACUCUUUUUGCACCCUUGUUAGAUAAAGUCGUCAUCAUCAGCAGUGCCGAGGUCGCUCUGAACUUUCCCUCUCACACUGGGACAAGUGCUGCUCUCAGCAAUCACAGGUGUUGUGAGUUUCCGUCGGCUGUUUGCAGGUUCUCUGGAAAUGUCCUGUAUUUUCCAAUGUGUGUUUUUUGUACUGUAGGGAGUAAUGUAUCUUUUAUCAUCAAAAAAUAAACAUGUUAAAGAGA